GGGCGUUUUGAUAAAAUUUAAUCUUUCACUUUUGUAUCCGAGAAAGUGUCAAUAAUAAUCGUUACGCAGUGAUUAAAAUCUAAGUCGUUUGUUGGAUACCAUGGGAUGAAAUUGCUUAUUGUCGGAUUAUUGUGUUCUUAAGGUUUUAAGAAUUAUACGCAAGACUGCAAUAAAUCCUUUGGUAGCAUGUAAAUCCUAUUUUUUUUAAUCCAGUACAACCCUUUGCAAAAGUUCGCCUCUACUUUUCCAGUAUAAUUACAACACGCAAUCUGUUUUGUUGACAAAAUCUGCGUCAGUAUUUGGUUAUAGAUCACUUGUUGUAAUUAUACUGGAAAAGUAGAGGUAGAGCUAGAGUAGAGCUAUAAAUGGGAUAACACAAAUAAAUAAAUGACGAUAUUGACCAAUGGUUUGUUAAACUGUGUAUAAAUAUUGUUAUUCAAUAUUAUGUUCACCUGUGGUACCCGAGUGUGACGGAAAUUUUAAAGGUGUGAAUAAUUGAAAUUUGGAAGUACGAACAUUUAACGAAAAAUUAAAUGUUUGUCAAAUGGUUUGUUUGAAUAGAUUAUUUUAUUGCUAUGUGUGAAUCGCGAACAUGACAUGUGAAACUAGAUAUUGUGCGCGUGAAAUUAAUGCAAAACAUUCGUAAGGAUUUAUUGAAUCGUUCAUAUUGGUGAUGAUUAAUUUUGAGUGUUAAUGCAUUUUGAUUCAAUUCAUCGCUGAUAACACUUUGAAAAGCCAAGUGUUCGUGUUACAUAACGUCUGUGACAAACAUGAUGAGAUUUACACCCAACUUUUUGAUUGCAAAUUUCCAGUGAAAACAAAUCAGCAUGUCAACUCUACUUCCGCGGCUUGGGAUGCCGAAUCCCACUGCUCACCAGAACAAGGGGCUCAUUGGCGCUCCUACCGGAAGUUCACACCAAAGCAAUCCUUCGAACAGAGGCCGACGACCAUCGCUCCUGGAGCUAUCAAUAAACGGGCCGGCGUUUCGGAGCAACGAUAUCGAGCGUCGGUACCGGACACGCUCCGAGGACGUCGCUCAUGCGGAAAAGGAGAAUCGGAAACGAAAGUCGAAUAUCGACAGAAGCAAAUCUAUUGGACAUGGGGAUGAAAAAAGAACAAAAACUAAAGCGUUUAAUUUUCACAGCUUGUCGCACGUUGAUAUUGACGAGACCAUUAAGGAGGUCACCGCAAACAGCGGGGCUAGUGACAAACGCGUGCGAUUUGACAGCAGUUUUGAGGAAUCAUUAGGCAAGCCAACAAAGAAGCAAAAAGAUGCCGGGAAAUCAGGGUUGAACGCAAAAAAUGUUCAGGACAGACUAAAAAAGUCUGAGCGUAAUGGUGGUAAAUUAGAUCCUAUUCAGCCUACGUCCCCGAGUCAAGGUCGCCCGCCUGCGCCCGGAAGUCACCGGUCACGCGUUGAGGCGGCGCGGGACAGGGCGCGGAUAUGGGCGGAAACUUACUCGGACCCGGGACCGGGCACAGAGAAGCUGCUUAAAUCGAUCGACAAUGAGCGCGUGAUUCGGGGUCGCCCGGUAGACAGGCGCGGCGUUGGAGGCGACGGUCGUCCACCAGUACUUCCGGGAGUGCCCCCGAGACACGAAGCGCGACCGCGGGGCGCCGACAAAGCGAGGAGACUCCAGUCACUACCUUCUAAAAAGGAGGAUCAUGUAUCGCAAGUGGAUGACAGAACAGUAACGUCGGCGCCGUCGAAAGAGCAUCCCCCGACGGAAGUGCCUCUACCAAAAGUGAACAAUCUCAUUAGUAAGGAAGACACGCCAGGAGCCAGCGACCGAAAGCCGAGUCCUGAGCGCCAAAAGCCGAACGCGACACCGGCGCCUACCAUGCGGCCUAAAGAACAUAAGGAGGAUCGUACGUUGCCACCGGCCGUGGAAACAUCGAAACCGACGGAUCGUGGCGCAGAGAGGCAUGGGGAGCGGGUAGUCGUCAAGCCGGCACCUGCAACCGGCGCCGACAACACUAAAGCGUCGGAGGAAAGGGAUAGAAAACCGGCCCAACUUCCAGGUGUGGCGGGUCGUAGUACACAGGAGGAGGACCGGAAACGUAUAGAGAAAUUCACCGGUUCCGAAGUUAGCGACGGGACCAACGCGUCAACCAACAAGUACAGACCGACGCGGACCCACUUGCCAUCAGACGACCAUGGACCCUCCGGUGUGCACACCUUGCCGGCGGUCUCUAUCGACCCAGAGCCACGCCGGAAAUCGCCUGAGCCGGAUAUUCGGCAGAAAGUUGCGAUGGAUCUGAAACGAAAGGAGGCAGCAUUGAAGGAAAAACAACUGGAAGAAGAAAAAGAGGAUCGUCGCGUACGUGAACGUCAAACCUCGCCGAGGCGAGACAAACAUGUGGACGUUUUACCUAUGCGCAAUCCAUCUAACAAAACUGAAAACAGUGUAGUGGCAAGGAAAUCAGAAAAGUCGUCGGUGAACACUGCGGCGCCGUCGAAUAAAUCCAACAAAUCUAAGACUUCCGUGGAGAUAUCGCUUUAUCCGGCCGGCGAGAUGUCGGACCGGAAGCGGCGCGAGGUGACGAUCAUGGACCCUAAAGCGAUGCAGAAAUACAGCGAGGAGAGUGAAAAUGAGAUAGACGAUGAAGCGUUCAUGCACGAGUACGAGUACAAACAUAACGUGGAUACAACUGAGAAGACAUUUAACGAAAUGACGGACGAAGAGAAAAUAGAGUAUUUUAGAGACACGUUAAAAAUGCGACCGGAGCAAAUACGCGAGUUGACGUUCCACCCCCGUGUCACCGAGCCUAAGACCAUCCACCGUGCGUACACCGGGGUGGAGACCGGAAACUGGCGUUCCAGUCGCAGGACCCUCGCUCUUCGGCCGAAGUCCCGGAAGGUAAACGUGUACAAGAAAGUGCGGACGCUGGCGCCGGCGCAGCGCAAGGCGUACGUCCACAGUCGUCUCCAGGGGGUCGUGUACAGGCACAUCAACGAGGUGUAUGGGGCCUCCCCUCGCGAGGAACGCGAGAAGAGAUUCUUCGAGAAGCUCACCAAGGUACAGAUGGACGAACUGCAGCAUAGGUACGAGAUGCUUGCCGACCGCGAACAACGAAAGUUCGAGGCGAAGUUACGUCAACGCGAUCAGCUAAAACGUUUACGAAAUAAAUUCGAAGAAGAUUCAUGGCGACGGUUUAUGACGCAGUACGUGACGCGGAAGGUGGUGGAGGCUGAGUAUAAGAACAGAGAGGAUUAUGGGCUACCGUCUGACCUACGGCGAAUGUCACUGCACACGAACUUGAGUCCCAAUAGCCGCCACCAGUACACGUUAACGCCACGGCGUCGUCAGAAAAUGAACGUAAAGAAAUUCUCCAACCUGUUCCGAUACAACGUCGGGCCAGAAUAUCGACCUAGCGGGAAGCCGUUGAAAUUUGAGGGCUUCGACACGGUGUACAUAGACACCGAGGAUGAAAACGCUGAUGAGCCACAGUACGAUACACACGACACAGGAAAGCCCAAGAAGAAGAAGAAGACGAACGUGGCCGCGCUCAUGAGGGAAGCACAACGCAUUCUUGACCAGUCAGACAAUGAUGAUACGGAUAUUGAGGAGCCGGAAGUACGUGAGCGACCGAAGGAGCGGCGCCAUUACCACAGCCGACCCCAUCACAGGCGGUCCCGCGACGUCCACCACGUAAGAGACGAUAAAUCAAGCGUCACCGUGACCACGACAAAGUCCAGCGUGCGAAACACGCGUAAGCAACCGCCCAAGACUAUUAAAGACUUGAUAUCGCAGCGCAAGAACCGCUACCAGGCUACGUCCUUCAGUGCAAUGAAAGAGGACCUAUUGAAGGAUAGUGUGUCGUUGAAUAAGAGUGAACAAUUGCGAAAGUUCAGUGAUAACAAUUCUAAUAUAAAUAAAUAUUCACCUAAGCUUUCUGAUAGCGGGUAUUCUUCGAAACAGAUAGACAGUGCAGCAAGUUCUAGUAUCGCUCGCCCUGUAGAUAGGGGCAUGCGGACACCGCCGGAUUCGCCAGUCCCAGCGCCUUCCCGGUCGCACGUUUCAAAAACAUAUGUGACUACUACGGUUGUACAAACUACGCAGAAAUCAGAAACACCGAAGGAAAUUGACGUUACCAGCACGGUAAGCAGGUGGAAAGUUGACGCUGGUAAUGUGUUUUUGGAUCACGCCGAGACCCAAAUGGCAUUAGACACCGCUAGGGAUAAGAAAUACCACGACAUCAAAAAUGCAAAGCAACCUAGUAGAGCGCCGAGUAGAAUCUCUAAGGCAUCAGUUAGGCAUGACACAACAGUUGUUACCGAAUCAACCACGAAGGAACACACUCGUGAUACCAAACCAAGAGCUCCCUCUCGAUUCAGUGUCAAGGACCCACCGUCCAAUCAAGACGCUCAACAGCGUUCGAGAGCGCCCUCGCGCAAUGAAGGCGUCGUGAAAAAUGUCACAUCGACAACAACCGAAAUCACCUCGACAUCAACAACCACUGUCACGCCGCUUAAUACCUCCAACACAUCUCAGCUGCAGCGGAAACCUUCCAGAACCAGCAUCGUACCGUCAGAAACGACACCUAAGCCAACUAUCUCCACGGGGUCGCAACAAACAUUUCGACAAGAGCCCAGUCCAUCUUCAGGAUCCGUAUUCCUCACGCAGACAGUGGAAUCUGGUGAUCCCACGGCCGAUAAAUCAAAGCAGCAAAAUGGUAUGACCGAUGAUUCAAAACUGAGGCAUCAGUCUCCCGUACACGCAUCACAAGAAACUCCCAAUCGGGACGGAAGAACCUCGGUCGUAGCUGGUUCUCAAUACAUGAAGACAUCGAACAUUCCGGUUUCCAGGGACACUCCUAUGGUGCCUAAGGUUUCGCCUGAAAAUAACAAAACACCAGAGAAAACCACUGAAUCCUCAAUCAAUGGGACAAGAAGCAAAUCACCCGAGAAACCGACGAAGCCCGUGAUGAACGGACACGCUUCUCCUACACGGCGUGAUCCGAAUGAUCACCGAGAUGCGUCACAGCCGAAGGUUACUAAGUCCAUUAACGUUUCUGAAAAUAUUGUUGAGCGGCAUAUUGAUAGAAACAACAGAGAUGUGUCUAAGAAUGUGCAUCCUGGAAAAGUGCGCAAAGCGCCAGUCAAAUCUGGUGAAACACACUUGGACAUGCAACAUAAUGACUUGUUGUCUACGCGCAAAUUCGAUCUUCAUGAUCGCACAAAACAGAACGAAACGCCGAAACUAAAACGAAAGCGCGUUAGUGGAGCAGACAAGAAGACCACUCGCUCGUCUAGGACGCCUACGCGUAAUGGUAACGAAGCUAACGGCGAUAUCACGAUGAGACGCGAGGACUAUGAAAACCAAGUGCAACCGAAACGGCCACAAAGAAAGACCUCGAAGAGUCCGUCCAACCGGAAGCGCUCAACGUCGCGGGGCCGCGGAGACCGGAAGAGGUCCCUUUCGAGGGACAGACAGAGGAAGAGAUAUGUCUCUAAGGAACGAAGGAAAUCCACAAGGACGCCGUCUAGGUUCCCGGAUAUCGAAAACGGAACCCGUGUCUCGGUCAAUAGAAACGUCAAAGAGGACGUGCAUGAAACCGAAAAGUCUGUGACACCUAAACCUGAGAACCGAUGGAGAGAUUUGGUGAAUAAGUAUACGCGACAGCCGAGUCCGAAGAUCGGUAAAACAGAUGACAGAUCUUUGCUAGACGCGAACUUAGAGUCAGAUGAUGACGAUGAAGACAUUUUCACGCGGAUGACUAAGCGAUACAAUCUACGAGUUAACAGUGACUCUGAGGAGGACGUGUAGAAGGUAUUUACAAACAAUUAAGACUGAACACAAACUAAUAACUGAAUGCUAUUUAGGAGGGUUAUUAUUUAACAUCCACUUAAUCGCGAUAUUAUUUUUGGUAGCAUGUAAUGUGUAUAUAUGACACGGCAUUAGUUAAAAAGGAGUCCAUAUAAGAGACAAACAAUUAAACGUAACUGUACAUACUCCAAAUGCACAAUAUUAUUAUCGCAACACCAUGGCUCCAAGAAACUUCCAAUUUUAAUUUAUAAAGCAAAUUAUUCAGUGAGGCACAGUGAAUAUAACUCUCCUUAUUGAGAUAUGUAUUUUAUUGAAAAGUGCUGUUUUUAUUAUUUAUUUACAAUAUUUACGUAUGCUAUUCCUGUUCAGAACAACGCAUGUAUGCAUGUUUAUUUGUGUCAAUUGUUAUAUUUUAGUUCAUUAAAUUUAAUGACUAGCUUACUCUAUAUUCUUUAUUUACAAAAUAUUUGUGAUAUUAAGUUUGAUAGUAUACGGACAUUAACUGUCUCAAUCGUAAAUAUAAGUUAGCCGCUCUGGGAAAACCGGGCUUAAUGUAUGUGCAUAAAGUAUCGUCCCGGAUUAGCCGGUGCCGUCCUUACGGCUAGUCAGGGACGACACCUUUUGCUUUUAUGGAAUAUUUCGUCCAAAAGAUUUUUUCGAAGUGAACAAAGUGUCAAUGUGUAAAGUGUCGUCCCUAAUUAGCGUGUGUUGGCUGCACAGGCUAAUCUGGGAGGACACUUUACACAUGUGCAUUAAGCCAGUUUUCUCAGAGGGCAUAUAUAUUGUAUUGGUCAUUAAAGAGUACAUAACGAUAACAACGCAGUCAGUAACUUCUCUUCAUAUUGUUUUUUUACAUAAUAUUGUUCGUAUUAUCAUAUACUUUAAUUUAGCAUUUUUAAAUUGUUAUAAAUCCAUGUACAUAUCGUUUCCAAUCAUUUAAAUUAAGCGACCUUAUUGAAUAGUUAUACAAUAUACUUCAUAUUUAAACCAUCGAUUGUUGCUCUUAGAUGAACGUUGUGCCCAAAGUUCUACAUCGUUAACUUCCUACAUAACUAAUUAUAAUUCAGUAAAAUUUUGUUAAAGGUUUAAAAAUACCUCAUAGUUACGAACAAAGUUGCCACUAACCUGUGUCCCUUCCCGUCCUUUUCCUUUGAUCAUUUAUUCGUUAAACCUACUGAUGGUAGAUUUCAAAUGGUUAAUGAAUGCAUGUUAUUUUGUAUCAUUCACAUUGUACAUGUAUUAUUUAUUCACUAGAUUCUGCUGCAUAAUAUACAGUAUUUGACAUAUGAGUCGGCAUUCUAUCUGUAAUGAGGCACGCAGUCUUAAAUAGCAGCACAAAAAGUUUUUAACCCAAUUAUGCGUAGCGUCUAGAAAAAAGGCCUUGGCAAACAACGUAGACCCAGAUGAGACGCCGCAUUAUGCGGCGUCUCAUCAGGGUCUGCGCUGUUUGCUUAAAGAAAAUGUCUGUAAGAAAUAUUUUAAAUAUAGAAAUAAAUAUACUAGACAUCCAUAAUUUUGGAAAUAAAUUGAUCCAAUUUAGAAGGAUGGGAGAGUCCACUAGGCAUAAAUGGGUUAAAAACACACCCAUACACACUCACCUAAUGAUCAUAUUUAUGAUGUAUUGCAAGAUUUUUGUUUGAUAGUAACAUGGAAAAUACAUAACUACAUUCUCUCACAUGGAUAUUUAUGCAAAUUGCAACAUAUUAUAUUUUAUAUAGUUUUAUUUAUUAUAUAUAGUUUGUGAUAAAUUUAUUAUUGUGGAUUAUUGUGAACUGUUGAUUUAUAAUGUAUAUUUUAAGU